AACCCCGAUGUGCACUGCCUUUACAUACAAAGUACCCCUGUGAAUAUCCAGUACACACUGCAGCCCGGUUUGUAACAGUGUGCCAUUUUUGUCAGUCGACAAGGGUCUUUUCAAUGUCAACUCCCAAGAAAGUCUGCAUUAUUGGCUCUGGCAAUUGGGGCUCUGCUAUUGCCAAAAUAGUGGGUUCCAAUGCUGCGCAGAACUCCAAGUUUGACAACACCGUGACCAUGUGGGUGUUUGAAGAGAUGGUGGAUGGUCGCAAGCUGACAGACAUCAUUAACACCGACCAUGAGAAUGUCAAGUACCUGCCUGGACACAAGCUACCCCCCAAUGUGUUGGCUGUUGCUGAGUUGGUGGACGCUGCCAAGGAAGCAGACAUCCUAGUGUUUGUGAUCCCCCACCAGUUCAUCGGCAGAGUGUGUGACACCAUGAAGGGGAAGAUAAAGAGCGAUGCACUAGGAAUGUCACUCAUCAAGGGUGUGGAUGAAGGUCCUGAUGGGCUGAAGCUCAUCUCUGAUGUAAUCCAGGAGAAGCUGAGCAUCACCAUGAGUGUGCUGAUGGGAGCCAACAUUGCCAACGAGGUCGCCGAUGAGAAGUUCUGUGAGACCACUAUCGGAUGUAAGAAUACAGAACAUGGGGCUUUGCUGAAGGAACUCAUGCAGACCAGUAACUUCCGGGUCACGGUAGUGGAGGAGUCCGAUGUGGUUGAAAUCUGUGGAGCACUGAAGAACAUUGUGGCGGUGGGGGCGGGCUUCUGUGACGGCCUGGGCUUCGGUGACAACACCAAGGCGGCGGUGAUCCGGUUGGGCCUGAUGGAGAUGAUUGCCUUCGCACGAAUCUUCUGCACUGCCGGGCCUGUCUCCUCUGCCACCUUCCUAGAGAGCUGCGGCGUUGCCGACCUCAUCACCACCUGCUACGGAGGCCGCAACCGCAAAGUGGCAGAAGCCUUCGCUAAAGGGGGGAAGUCAAUUGAAGAGCUGGAGAAAGAGAUGCUGAAUGGACAGAAGCUCCAGGGACCAGCAACAGCAUCUGAAGUCCAUGUCAUCCUAAAGAACAAAAAUUUGCUUGACAAGUUCCCACUAUUCAACGCUGUGUACCAGAUCUGCUACCAGGGCCAUCCAGUCACAGAGUUCAUCAAGUGUUUGCAGAACCACCCGGAGCACAUGUAGGCUAACAGACUGACCAAGUGCCAGAAGGAUCAACACCACUUCCGCUUUGUACCGGUUAGGAAAAUAUGUACACUUGCACACUCCACAGCUCCGAUGCAGCAAGCAGACUCCAUCAGACGACGUGAAGUAGUCUACUCUGUACUGCCUAAGGUUUUUUUGUAUGUACCUCUAUAAAACAAAUGCUUUCCUUUUCCUGGUUUUCUACAAGUGUGACCCAGCCUUUUGUCACCCAAUCAGACGCCACUGUCCAUCCUCAGAUGUUAUCUUGGUCCGUCCAUUGUGACCUCACUUCGUAAUUGUUUGGCUUAUUCAUGUUAAUUGGGGGUAGGGAGUUGUAGCAGAUGCUAGGCCAUUUGUGUCCUCGCUUUUCUAAUUCUGAAUCUCUCUGCGAUGACUUAUACUUACUUUAUGGAUCAUUAGGCUAGAUUUGCUUAGCACCUGUUAAAAAACAAAUGAAAGUGCCUUUCAACGCCACAUUGCAAAAAAUAUUGGUGUUUUAUGUGCUUUGUGAAACCAAAUGGUUUUUUCCCCUUAUGGUACGUCCAUUAGUAACCAUGACGCUGCCGUUGAAUUUCACUGACGUGUGGCUUACAGUAUGUUUGAAAAGAGUGUAGGUUACAAAAAAAAAGAUUUGCCUUUGAAAUAAAUCAUUGAUUUGUAUCGUG